AAAAAAAGGAGCCGGCUCUGUCCAAGUUGCAACAAACUUAAACCGGGAACGAUGUGAGACACGAGUAAAUAUUUAUUUACCUUUCAAGAAUCUGGAAAUUUUUGAACAGAAAUAGGUUAAAAAAAUAGAAUUAUCAAAAAUGUUGCGACGAACAUUUGUCACGGUCGGACGCAGAACAAUACGCUUAUCGGUGUCGCCAGCAAAACAAAUUUCGAUAAGAUGGAUAUCUUCAGCUACGCCGGGCCAAGAAAAUCAAGGUUCUCAAAAUUCUUCGAAAUCUUCUUAUGGUGGAGACAAGACAAUUAAUGCAGACGAGGUUCGAAAGUUUGAGACAAUGUCGUCCUCCUGGUGGGAUCCAAAUGGGUCGAUGAAAGAGCUACAUUCCAUGAAUAAACUCAGGGUACCUUUGAUCCGCGACGGACUUCUCGAACAGACCAAACAGACGUCACGCUUCAAGUUGCCGAAACCAUUGGAGAAUCUAAAGCUUCUUGAUGUCGGGUGUGGUGGAGGGAUUUUAUCAGAGUCUUUGGGACGGCUGGGUGCUUCAGUUCUAGGAUUGGAUCCAGGAUAUGAAAAUAUCUCCGUAGCAGAGCUUCAUCUCCAACUUAGUCCCGAUCUUAUAAGAAACGUUAGCUAUAAGUGUGACACGAUUGAAAAAUAUGUGGAAACUAAUUCAGACGCAAAGUUUGAUGGGGUCGUGUCAUCAGAAACAAUUGAACAUGUGGAUAACCCAGAAUUAUUUUUAAGGAUGAUGGGACAGUGUUUAAAGCCCGGUGGCUCGUUAUUCUUGACCACGCUAAAUCGAACGUUUGAGUCGUGGGCUGGAGCUAUUGUGGCAUGGGAGUACUUUCUGAGGAAACUUCCGGUAGGAACUCACCAAUGGAACAAGUUUUUGACGCCGCAAGAAAUUCAAGGGAUCCUAACAAAUAAUGGCUUCAAAAUACUCCUUAUUCAUGGAAUGUGCUACAACCCUUUGUCAAAUCAAUGGAAUUGGUCCAAUUCUACAUCGAUCAAUUAUUGUAUCCAUGCCGUUAAAGAAGAAUAAUUUUAGCCUAUGCACUUAAUUUUUUUUGUACCGACAAUUU